CUGUAGCUGCUGACAGCCUAUUCAAGCACAGCCCGUGUUCGUCUGUUUGAUUUAACACCCAGCUGGAUGGACAGUAAGCGCCCACCGCCUCCUGAAUAUCGAUCGCUCGCUCUGAUCACUUAGCGCCCACGCUGGUGCCGCGGGGCUUCGAGGAAAAGACAAUCAUGCGCUGAGGUCCGUGCGUCAUCGGGACCCCGGCGGCGGCGGCGGUGGUGGUGUUGGUGUUGGCGGCGGUGCGCACUGCUCCUCCGUCGUUCCUCAGACCGGAUGAGGGGGUCAGCGAGUGCACACACCGAUCACCGAUCAGCGCGCUAAUUGAAUCCACCUACCAGACCGGAGCGCCUCAACCCGGAUGACCUCCGGAGUGACGCGUCUCUCCGGUGAGAGUGCACCAGCGGAGGGGAGCAGCGCCGGAGGAGAUGCGCAUAUCUGCAGGUAGCCUCCUCUAGCGCUGUCGUAAAGAAAGAAGAAGAAGAAAGAAAAAAAAAAGAAAAGAAAAGAAAAAACGAGAGAGCGGAGCGGGCGAUCAUUAGAGCGAUGCCAGGGGUAACCAAGUACAAUUUAGUAGAUGACGCGCACGAUCUGAGGAUCCCCAUGCACAACGACGAGGUGUUCAAACAUGGGGUCUGCUUCGAGGCAAAGUACAUCGGCAGUCUGGAGGUGGGUCGCCCCGGCAGCCGAAUGGAGAUCGUCGCCGCAAUGAGGAGAAUCAGAUACGAAUUCAAGCUGAAGAAUAUCAAGAAAAAGAAGGUCAACAUCGUCGUGUCCACCGAUGCCAUCAAAGUGAUUUUGCGCAAGAAGAGGAAGAGAAAAGGGUGGUCAUGGGACGAGAACACCAUCAUGGUGACGCAGGAUCCCAUCUACAGGAUCUUCUACGUCUCACAUGAUGCCCAAGACUUGAAGAUCUUCAGCUACAUAGCGCGCGACGGACAGAGCAACAUUUUCCGCUGCAACGUGUUCAAGUCAAAGAGGAAAUCUCAGGCCAUGAGGAUCGUGCGGACGGUGGGUCAGGCGUUCGAUGUUUGUCACCAGCUGACCCUGCAGCAGAAAAGCGACGACCAGGAGGAUGAGGAGGGGAAGGCGGAGGAGUCGGAGGCAGUGCCAGCAAAGAAGAGGUUCGCACUGUCAGAGGAGACCGACCUUGAAGCCACGACAGAGGAGAGCAUUGAGUGCGUCUCCUCAUCAGACCCCGAGAAGAGCAAGAAGGAAGAGGGUCACAGUAACAAUGGAAAGGUGUCCGAUGACCCGUCUCUCCUGCUGAGCUCCCCUGUCCCUGGAGCUUCGGUGUCGGACGGGUCGGCAGCAGAGGCCCCUUGCUCUGAGGAGCACCAGGUCCAGCUCCUCCAGAAACAACUGCAGCAGCAGGAGCAACAGGCCCUCGCAGCUUCAGCACAGGUCCACGUGCUCCAGGAGCAGCUGUCGGUGGAGGUGUGUGCGCGGGCCGAUGCCCAGGCCAGAGUGCAGAGGCUGCUGCAGCAGAACACCGACCUGCUGCAACACAUUUCUCUGCUGGUCAAACAGAUCCAGGAGCUCGAGCUCAAAGCUGCUGGCCAGUUAACAUCUAUGGGCUCCCAGGACAGCCUUCUGGAGAUCACUUUCCGGGCCAAGCCCCCCAGCACGCCCGGCGACACCCUCACCUCCUCCUCAUCCACGGGCACGUUGGCAGCUCAGUCCCUGCAGCAGAUCAGUGACGGCGCCUGGGUCUCCACACUGCCCUCGCCCUGCUCUCCAGGCACCGUGGGCACCGACGCCGGCGCUCAGGGGAUCGGCGGCAGCGGAGUCCGUCUCGAGUGCUUCCGCUUCUCCUCCCGGGGGCCAGACAGCCUGGACGCAGGGGAGAUUCCCAGCGACGGAGCCCCGGAUGAGAGCUCGGUCCUGGGAGCCCUGGAGCUGCUCCGGUUUAGGGAGUCGGGGAUAGGAUCGGAGUAUGAAUCAAACACAGAUGAGAGCGAUGACCGGGACAGCUGGGGUCAGGGGGAGGGAGCUGGCGCCGACAGUGCCGCUCGGCUCUUCAACGUGCUGAAUGCGGAGAAUCUGCCGGACUGCUUGGGGGACGAGAUGGCCGUGUAGUGGGGCUCCUAAAGCUGUACAAGGCAACAUUGCACUUAUGAAUAAAGUUUAGAAUCUGAAGGACUUUAUUACACAGAAAUCCUGUAUUGUGGCAUCAGUAAAGUAAUUGUAUGUGUCCUGGUACUGGACAGAGUGCUCAUUCACCACAGUUCUGAGAACAGUUUCAAAAGUUCCCUUUAAGUUUUGAUUUGCUACUUCAUGUGUACUAAAGUUAUUAUAGUUAAAGGUGUUAUAUGUAAGAAUUGACCGCCUUUAGAAUCACACGCCAAACAAAUAUGGGACAGCGUUUUAGCAUAGUAACAGCUAACUGAGCUAACUUGCUCACGGCGGCUACAGUUAGCAGCAGGAUCUGAACUGAUACUAAACGGUUUUAAACAAAUACAAACCGAAACAAACACACACCCACUCUGGAAAGUUACAGAAUCUAAACAAAAAAAAUUGGAAACAAAAAUGAAAAAGCAAAAUAUAUGUUCAAACUCAUGGGGAAUAACCCUGCUGUACACGGAAUCACUGUCCCACUUGUAUUGUAUGUAACAGACGUGCAGAGGGCAUCACUGAAUUAAUAGGUUGUCCUCAUGUUUAGGUUAACUUUCUUAUGACAUUAAUAAUUUCACAGUCUUUAGCUACCAUCCGAGAUGCCAGGACUUGCUCUGCCAUGCGCCGGUCAUUGCUUACGGUCCAACCACCAGCUUUAAACGCAAGAAUGGACGCCAGAUGACAUUUUGCAUAAUCUCUUUAAAAAGAUAUCUGACAGAUAUCAUAAACAAACGAUAGCCUGUGGGUUCCCAGUUAGCGCUUCGGCCAUUGUGUUCCACCUCUUUUGCUUUACACACAGACUGUUUACCUGCAUGCAGCCAAAGCUUGCUCAGACAUGACUGAUCGAUACUCCUCGGACUACGUAACAGAAACCAGACCACCCACUUUACCAAAAUCCCAUCCCUUGCAUACAGUUUUUGCAUUCAUGCGUGUGGUAAUAGAGACUGAUUUCACUGAAACAAACUCGACUGGAUAAACAGUCAAUCAAUCAGUGUCAUUCAUCACAUGCCUAUGAUUGUAUGAAUGUUCAAUGAUAAAAAAUAACUUUUGAUGUGUUUUUACUAAAUCAGCCAUGCUAGCGGCUCUGUGAGACUGCGCUCAAAGCUAAUAUCAGCAUGCUAACAUGACCAUGAAGUUUACCAUGAUCACCAUGUUAUCGUAUUGUAGUGUGUUAAUGUGCUAAUAUUUGCCAGUUAGCACCAAACACGUACAGUUCUACAGAGGCUGAGGCGAAUGUUGUCAGUUUUGCAGGUUUUUGGUCGUAAAAUUCAGCAUCAGACAAAAUUAACAUAAUCAUGACACCUUGAUAGACCUACACUCCAUAUUAUUUACUGCCGUUCAGAAAACGAAAGUAAACCUUUGGUAUUUCUUCGUUUCUCAGCUCCAAAGCCAAAAAGGAAAAAAAAAGAAAAAAACACUUUCUACAACUACUGCUUCCUCUAAAUCUGAAGUGGGGACAUGGCAGCUCUGUUCAAACACUGUCAGAUAGCAUCAACACUGUGGUGUUCCAGGCUCUGUCUGUGUGUUACAUGCUGUGUGCGUGUCACUUUGAUGAUUGUUACACCUUACACGCGUUUGUUUCCCUGACUUUGGUGCCAUCGUCACUCGCUGGGCUUGUUACACUGUGGCUGUGUCUGCGUUUAUGGAUUUGUGACACAUCCGGCAUGGUGGUGGUCAUUCUUUGCUUUUUUUCUUUUUUUUUUUUUUCUUUUUUUUUUUCUAAUGUAGAUCUGUGAACAAAAGACCCCUGUCUGGAUAUGCUAACACAUUUUGUGGGAGUGUGAAAAUUGAACCCCUUACUGUGCUUGUUAUGACACUUCAUCUGUAAUUACACAUGAAAAUGAGGAUGUGUGUCCAGCAGUCAUUUUCUCUUUUCAAUACAUUGUGUAUGGUUUAA